AUGGCCAUGGUACAAAAAAUCCAGGUACAGGUGCGAGACCUGGUGUUUAACCUGCACAUGAUCCUGUCAGACACAGUGAAGAUGAAGGAGUUUCAGGAGGACCCUGAGAUGUUACUGGACCUGAUGUACAGGAUAGCCAAGGGGUACCAGAAUUCGCCUGAUCUCAGACUAACGUGGCUACAAAACAUGGCUGGCAAGCAUACAGAGAGAGGAAACCAUGCAGAGGCAGCCCAGUGUUUGGUACACUCUGCAGCAUUAGUGGCUGAAUAUCUCAACAUGCUGGAGGACAAACCCUACCUGCCCAUUGGCUGUGUCUCCUUCCAGAAUAUCUCGUCCAAUGUCCUUGAGGAGAGUGCAGUAUCAGAUGAUGUGGUGUCCCCUGAUGAGGAGGGGAUCUGUACAGGGAAGUACUUCACAGAGCUGGGGCUGGUGGGGCUGCUGGAACAGGCUGCCUACGCCUUCUCUAUGGCUCAAAUGUACGAGGCCCAGAAUGAGACCUAUAAGAUCCUGAUCCCCAUCCACGAAGCUGAGAGGAGCCACAAGAAACUGGCCACCAUCCACGGUAAACUACAGGAGGCCUUCCAGCAGAUUAUCAAACAGGACCAGGCUGGGAAGAGAAUGUUCGGCACGUUCUUCCGAGUGGGCUUCUAUGGCAGCAAGUUUGGAGACUUGGACGGGGAGGAGUUUGUGUACAAGGAGCCCGCCAUCACUAAACUCCCUGAGAUCGCACACAGGCUGGAGAGUUUCUAUGCAGACAGAUUUGGCCAGGAUCUGGUGGAGGUGAUCAAAGACUCCAGCCCUGUGGACUCCUCCAGACUGCACCCCAACAAGGCGUACAUCCAGCUCACCUACGUGGAGCCGUACUUCGACUUGUACGAGAUGAAGGACCGCAUCUCAUACUUCGACAAGAACUACAACCUGAGUCAAUGA